UUCUGUUUUGAAGCUGACAUUUCCACUUGCAUAAAAAUGUGAAAAAAUUAAUUUAAGUUUUCUUUAGAAAAUUUACAAAUUUUGGUCUAAAAUAAAUUAACUCAGCGAUUUUUAUUUUAAAAAAAUAUUCUUUAGUGUAGUGUCCAGUAAAAUCCAUAAACAAAAUUCAAAGAAAAAAUGAAGAGAGUCACAAGAGCCUCGUCAAGAAAAAGCAUUUUAAAAGAACCGAAUGAAUCCCCAAUCAACUUUAGUAGAACACGUAAGCCCCCAAAACGAAUGGUAUCAAGUUCUGAGAGUGACAGCGAGGAUGAAAGUCUAUUUUCGAAUUCGAAACCAUUGCAAAGAACUCCAACUAAGCAAAAGGCUAGUCUUGAUCAUUCAGAAAUGGCUCAUCUUUCAGUCACUCCACCCAAACAAAAGAAACUUUUAAACAGCGAAGUGGCUACAACUCCCAGUAGUUUACUGAGAAAAUUAGCUUUAACUAGUCCUGCUAAAAAGUGUAACGAGAGUGCCACAAAAAAAAGUUUAUUUUCUCAAGAUUCGCAAGAAAAUAAUGUCAAAUUGAAUAGGGCUGUUAAAAAAAUUAAUAAAACUAAUGAAGUUCCGAAGACUGUUAUAGAAAAACCAAAGUCCCAAUAUCAAAAUGCCAGGAAAGCUCUUCAUAGCCAAUUUCCAACAGAAAUGCCAGGAAGAGAAAAGGAAAUUGAAGAAAUAAAAGAGUUUAUUGCUGGUCAUUUGGAAGAAGGAACAUCUGGAUCUAUUUAUAUUAGUGGAUGUCCGGGAACCGGCAAAACUGCUUCUUUGAAUUUGAUUUUAGAUGAAAAUUAUAUAGCCUCUCAAGUGGUGAAAAUUUAUAUAAAUUGUACAGCCAUCAAAUCUGCCACAGCUGUGUAUGCGAGACUGAAUAAGGAGCUACAAAUUAAAGUAACUGGAAAAUCAGAGAAGGAUAACUUAUCAGCUUUCGAAAAACAUUUGAAGAAAAAACAUAAAACAAUCCUCAUCGUUCUAGAUGAAAUAGACCAGUUAGAAACCAAAAACCAUUCAAUUCUAUACACGAUUUUUGAAUGGCCCUCUCAUCCCAACUCUAAAAUGAUCCUAAUAGGCAUAGCCAAUGCUCUUGAUCUCACAGAUCGAAUGUUACCCAGACUGAAAGCCCGUUGCGAACUCCAACCAAAACUUUUACAUUUUGCUCCUUAUACAAAAGAGCAAAUAGUUGACAUAUUUACUUCGAGACUGAAAGCUGCUGGAGUUUUGGACGUUUUUUCUCCGGUAGCUUUGCAAAUGCUGGCUGGUAAAGUAGCUUCUAUUUCGGGAGACGUUAGACGGGCUCUCGAUAUUGGCAGAAGGGUUGUAGAGUUAAUCGAUGAAAAUAAAAAAGGAGAUAUUUUGAAGUCUGUUGAAAAUUCUACAAACGAAUUACUUGACGCUCAAGAUUGCAAAAAAGUUAAUUUACAAGAAGUCUUCAGUAUCUUAAACCAUGUUUAUGGCACUUCGCAGAAUUUAACUGAUGACAACGAAGAAACUUUUCCUCUUCAGCAAAAAAUUAUUAUUUGUUCCCUGCUGCUUAUGCUGAGAAAAGCCAAAAAUAAAGAAAUUACUAUUGGAAAACUGCACGAAGUUUAUUCUAAAGUAUGCAGCAAGAGGAAUUUGACAGCCGUGGAUCAAGCGGAAUUUGUUGGUUUAUGUUCUUUAAUUGAAACUAGAGGUAUACUCAAAGUUUCGGGAAGAAAAGAACCAAGAAUGCAUAAAGUGACGUUAGAGUGGAACGAAAAUGAAGUUUUGGAAGCUCUGAAGGAUAAACAGUUGAUGUCGUCUAUUUUACAAGAUGAGUACUUGGGGAUAUUUUAAGGCAACUUUUAAAAUAUUUAUUUAUUAUUUUAAUUAUUAAUUAUUAUUUAUACGAUAGUAGGUUCAUUAUGUUUUAAUUUAAUGUAGACAAUAAAUAUGUAUUCUAAAAAAGUGAUUGCUAAUUGGAAUUUCAGUUGUGGUGACGCAAUGUUUUUAUCGUUUUCGUAUGUGUGAGAAGACAAACUAAAAUACACUUUUUACUUUGCAAAAUGUUUCACUCAACAUAAGAUUUUCCAAUAUCAGACAAAUAUAUUUUUAUAAAAUCCUAAUGCUAGGAAACAUCCCAUAUCAAUGGGUUUUUUUAAAAAUUAAUUUUGAUUAGAUUUUCUGUAACCUAGGAUAACUUGUAUAGUUUAUUUUUUGAGUUUUGUGGUUGUAAAAGUUUUAAUUUAUUACAUUUCUACGCAGUUUUAUGAAAAUUACCCUUAAGAAUGAGAGUUAUAUGAAUAAAGAGUAUUACAUUUUGUA